CAGUCGACCCAGUUGACCCAAUAAUCCUUUUCCCCGACGCCAGUGAUCGUUGUUGUUAUUGUUGUUGUUGUUUUAUUAUUUGGGGCUAUCAUAGGGGCCAACCUUGUUGGGACAAGCUUCUCUCAUCGCCCGUAAAGAGGGACAGCUCCUCGUCUUCUUUCUCUCUUUCUCCUCUCAUCAAUCUCCUCUCCCACCACAGAAUCAUUCCAAGAUGGAUUCGCCUACCCUUGAGUCGUCGGUUUUUCCCGAAAAUCGUCUGAUCGCCUACCUCAACCACUUGGCGGAGAAUAAACCAGGGUUACCGUACGGCUUGCCCGUCUCCGUAUCUCCCUCCCACACCAUCACCACCACCGACGAUCUAGUUCACCUCACCUCUCUGAUCGGUCCGCACAUCGCCGUUCUGCAACUCAAUGCCGAUAUCAUCGAUGACUGGUCGGAUGAGACCGUCCGCCAGUUGACCGCGCUCGCCAAGCGGCAUUCGUUCUUGAUCUGGGAAGCCGGUCGCGUGCUCAAUUCCACCGUCGACGUCGUCGGCCGGCAGAAAUCCGACACGCGCGAGGUCCGGAAUGAACUGAUCGAUAUGAUUCGGAAAAGAUACACCAAGGGUGUCGUCAAAGCAGCGUCCUGGGCCAGUCUCGCAACGGCGUGGGCAUCGGGCGUCGCGGUGGAUAAUCAAGAAGCGGACAUCCUAAUUCCCACCCUGAAGGCCGCCGCCCGAGAGGCCGUCGCAGACUCGGUGCGGACCAUCCGAACGGAGAUCACAGCCAAUGGCACGAACGAGCGUCCGUCAAGUGUGCACGAAUCGAUACCCAAGAGAGACGACGGCGGCUCGCCCCAACCUUAUCUCACCUCCGACUAUGCCGCGGGUGACAGCGGAUUGGGGCUCCCUCCCCGGAAGGCCUCGACGAUCUCGCUGACCCAGACGAUCUCACAACACACGGAAGACUCGACAGAAUCGCUCCUGGACAUCGACACAACCGAACAGAUCGAGGUCUCCGAAAACGAGCAAGCGACCUCUUCCACCCCCCACGGUAACCUUCCACCCCCGCCUAUCCUCGCCCGUGGUCUUGUCCUUCUCCUACCCGCCGCGUCCGACACCUCCUUCACAAGCGAAUACCGAGAGAGCUGCCUAGCCGCCGCUCGCGCCAACCCCGAUUUCGUGAUCGGCUUCCUCUGCAGCCUACCGUGGCAUCUCGUCUCGAAGACGGAUGACCUAUUCGACCCCGUGACACCCGAGGCCGAACAACCAUUGAGCCCGUACUCAACAGACGGCGACGCCGAAGAGACACUACCCUCCUUCGCCCUGUUUUCUUUCGUUUCCCACCGGAUGAACUCCCUAAACGGCAAGCAAAUCGACGACUACUACGCGGACGACGACGACGACAACAAGAACCAGGUCACUAGCGUAACAGUGGAUUCUCCAUCCGACCCUGCAAGCCCCCUAGCCGUCAAGCUCCACUCGAUUCUCGCGCAAGCCCUCAAAUUCCGCGACGCGCCCCAACGGGACUCCAACACCGCCCAGACGAGGCGAGCAUCGGGAAGUCGGCCCAGGAUUAUGCAUAUCCCUGUGGUUUCUCUACCGUGAAGUGGAAUCCCUUUUUCUUUUCUUUUCUCUUUUCUUUUGAUUGGUGUCAUCUCAUUCAAAGUCUCGGGGUUCCUUUUAUGGAGAAAUCAAAAUCAGCUGUCGUCGGCCGUGCCGAGAGUCUGGAGUUUUAGUGGUUGUCUGGGAAUAUUGAUGUUUGAAUUACCUACCUACCUACCUACCUAACUACCUACAUACCUAUGUCUAAGAAUAUAAUCUACUAGGCGACUA